AGGCUUGUGUAACAUUAUGUAAAGGUUGGAUCUUUUUUUAACUUGCUUAGGACCCGUUCUGGUUCUUAUUACAUACAGUAGUAUAAACGAGAUCUUGAGAUUGUGUUUGGAUUGGAUCUCGUAGAGAAAAGAGACUAGUUUUGGCUGUGUUAGGACUCAACACGUGAGGUAAACAGAGGCCACAACUGAGACUAGAACAUGGAUAAGGUUUGUUCAUGUGAGCUUUGAUGAUCAAAUCUACGUUUCUUGUUUGUCCUCAAAAGUUAUGGAUUUGAUCGAUAACAAACCAAGUUAUCUGGAAAUGUGUAGAUAUUGCAAUGAUGUAUGCAUAAGUUAUUUAAUACUAAUAAACUUGAUGAAAGCAAAUAAAGAUAUUUUAGAGACAAACACUAGUUAGUACCCUCAAAGACAAGGCAUAGACACUUGUAUGCUUAGCAGAUAAGAAGCCAGGAUUCACGCGUUAAUAGAUAGAAUGAACAAACACUUGAAGCUUCAAUUUUUAUUCAUUUCACAAAUUAAGCUCUCAUCUUCUUCUGAGUAUUAACCAAAGUCCCCACAACCGUCUGUCUUCGCUGCCAGACAAAAACUGCUACAGCCAAUAAUGUUUUUUCUGAGGGACCUUUCUUCUGUCAGAGACUCUCUCUUCUCUCUCAUCUUCUUACCCUCACCAACUCAUCUUCAGUCCUCUAAAACAAACAUCUCUUUUUUUUUUACUUUUUUGUUUUACCUCUUUGUUUACUUUACUUUAUCUCUCAUAUCUCACUUUCAGUUUCCCAUUUUCUCUUCAACAUCCUCAUAGCAAUUAAACACCACUGUUCUAUAUAUAAAGCUAACGGCUUAAGCUUUACAUGAGUUUCUUAUUUUUUUUUACUUAUUUAAAAAGUCCUCACAUUUAUUUCUAGUGAUAAGAGGGAGAGGUUUCUCAGCUUUUGUAAUGGAGGAGAAGAUACAAGGACAAAACAAGCUCUCUGUAAGUGUAAGUUCUUUGGAUCAGAAAGUGAUUGUGAGAAGAAGCUUACAAGUUCAAGGAUCAUCAGAGGAUCAAAGAUUUGUCCUUGAGGAAGAUAUGAUGCAACAAAGUGAAGAUCUUUCUUCGGUUUUGUCUGUCAAAGACCCAAACUUUCUAAGACUACUCUCUCUUCAAACACUCCAAAAGCCUUGGGAGCUAGGAGACUAUCUCCCACAUGAAGUUCCAGAGUUUCAUUCACCCACCAACUACUACCAUCAGAACCCAUCUCUGGAAAGAGUCAACGAAGCCAUCUCAAGCCAAGAACUUCAGUUAAACCCACUACGCAAGCGCAGAAACAACAACAACUUGGUAGCAGCAUCAGUGAGCAGAGAGAAGAGAAAGAGAAAGAGAACCAAACCAACAAAGAACACAGAAGAGAUGGAGAGUCAGAGAAUGACGCACAUAACGGUUGAACGUAACCGCAGACGCCAGAUGAACGUUUAUCUCAGCUCACUCCGCUCUCUCAUCCCAUCUUCCUACAUCCUUAGGGGAGACCAAGCGUCAAUAGUAGGAGGAGCUAUAGACUUCGUGAAGCUCCUCGAGCAACAGUUACAAUCACUCGAAGCGCAAAAGGUUACUCAACAAACUGAUACCAAAGACAUUUCGUUAGAACAAAGUAGUAAACUGAGAAUCGAUGCCACGGUGAUAGAGAGUCACGUCAAUCUCAAGAUACAAUGCCCGAAGAAACAAGGACAGCUUCUUAGAUCAAUCAUUUGGUUAGAGAAGCUUAGGUUCACUGUUCUUCAUCUCAACGUUACAUCUCCAUGCAAUGCAACUGUCUCUUAUUCCUUCAACCUCAAGAUGGAAGAAGACUGUACUUUGACAUCGGCCGAUGAGAUAACGGCGGCGGUUCGUCAGAUAUUGGACUGCUGAGUUAAGAACAAGAAACCCAAAAAGCAAAAAAAAAAGAGUAACGUUUCUUUCAUAAUAAUAUGUUGUUUUGUUGGUAUGUAAUUGGAGUCUUCUCGGCAUGGCACUUUGACUUUAUUUAAAAGGGCUUACUCUACAGUAUUGUGGACCCAUUUGAUAGAUGUAUAUCAAGUUUGACUUCGUAUCUUCUUAUUCACGAUUCAUUGUCUUUUUGUUUUGCUUUUGCCUCUCUUUUGGGGUUUGACUUUUAUUUUGACAAACAUGUUGUGGCA